AUGCAUCCGGUUUUCGAGAAUACCGACACAUCACCCGACGAUUCAGAUGCCUCCGUCAGACAUUCCAACCAGCCAUCGUCUUCCCAUUCUGACAGCGACCAUAGCAUCGAUCAAAACAACGACCUCGUCGACCUGGGUACCCCUGAAGCUGUGGAGUUACGUUCUGAUGAUGGCGGGGCAGAGUCGGUGAAUAACCAUCAGGAUGAUGCUGUCCCCCUCCUUCAAAACCCUCUUCCCACAAAUCGACCCUCUCAUCCGUUUCUCGAUGGCACCGAAACGACAUCGGAUGGUUCUGCUAACCUCCCACCCGGCCCCCCACCUCCUCCCUUCCACAAACGCCCUUCCGACUGGGCUCCAUUCGACAAUCGCGUUCAAUUUGAACUCGCCGGCUUCUUAUACCAACGCGUCCAGAUGUCUCAGUCCAAGAUCGACGAGCUUCUCGAGCUCAUCGCCGGCUUACUCCUUCUGGCAACCGACGGUGAUACGACCAAGACGCCUCCGUUCACCAACCACAAGGAGCUUUACGACAUAAUCGAUUCCAUCAAAGCCGGAGACGCCCCGUGGAUGUGCUUUACAAUCAAGUACAAUGGUCCUCGACCUGCUGCGGGACAUGUUUCAGCAUGGAUGGAUGAGGAGUACGAGGUUUGGACGCGCGAUACACGCACACUCGCACACAUUCAGCUUGGUAACCCGGACUUCGCCAAUAACUUUCACAAAGCCCCAUUCCGCGACUUCACUGGCCCCGACGGUUCGCGUGUCCACUGCGACCUCAUGUCCGGUGAAUGGGCUUGGGAACAAUGCGAUCCGCAAACUCACGGAUCAAUGUUCGUCCCCGUCGUUCUGGGCAGCGACAAGACCACCGUCUCCGUCGCCACUGGACAGCACGAUUAUUAUCCAUUCUAUUUUGGGGUAGGAAACAUCGACAACAGCGCUCGGCGGACUCAUCGCGGCGCUCUUUCCCUCGCGGCCUUUCUCUCUAUCCCAAAGACGAAUAAGCGGCAGUCAGGAUCCCCCGCAUUCCAUAAAUUUCGACGACAACUCUUCCAUACAUCCCUUUCGACAAUACUCCAACCCCUCAAGCCGGCUAUGACUAUUCCCGAGCCCGAUAAUCUUGACGGUGGUAACCCUGCGCCUCGAACGAUGGAUCACUUCAACCUCGCAUCAGAACUCCUUGGCCUCGGUGAACUAUGGGACGGCUAUGGCUACGUUGCUGAUCUCGUGCCUUUCACAGAUGACUUCCCUUGUGCGGAUAUCCGUCAGCUUAUCUCGCCAGACAUUCUCCAUCAACUGAUCAAGGGCGGGUUCCAUGAUCACCUUGUAACUUGGGUCGAUGAGUUCUUGAUAAUCCAGCAUGGUGAGGCACGAGCAAAUGAGAUUAAGGAUGACAUCAAUCGUCGCAUUGGACUCGCGCCUCCAUUCCCCGGGCUUCGACGCUUUCCCGAGGGCCGUGGCUUCAAGAAGUGGACAGGGGAUGAUUCGAAGGCGCUGAUGAAAGUUUAUGUCAACGCUAUUGAAGGCCAUGUACCUCGUGAAGUAGUCUGUGCGCUAACCGCCUACAUUGAUUUCUGCUACGUCGCACGCCGUGCCGCUCUAUCUACUCAAGACUUGGACGAGCUUGACGCCACACUUCAGCGCUACCACCACUAUCGACCCAUCUUCCAAGCCCUUGGAGUCCGCGAGCCCGGUCCUGCUGGGUUCUCCUUGCCUCGCCAACACGCCAUGAAACACUACCGCGACCUCAUCCAGCAGUUUGCUGCAACGAACGGGCUCUGUUCAUCGAUGACGGAGGCCAAACAUAUCAAAACCGUCAAGGAACCCUGGCGACGCUCAAACCGAUACAAGGCCCUCGGUCAGAUGCUGCAGACGAACCAGCGGCUCGAUAAGCUCGCAGCUGCUCGCGUCGACUUUGCAAACCGAGGGAUGCUGGAUGGGUCGAUCAUUCAUUGGGUGUGGGAUUAUCUGGAUAGGGUGGUUCGCCUUCAAGAGACAGAGCGUGGUGACGAUGAGGGUAAUGAGAACAGGGUUGAGCCGGAUGAGGAUGAACGGGGUCAGGGCGAGGGCCAGGGCGAGGGCAAGGGCGACAGGAUGGUAAUCAAUGGUGGGGUUGAUGGGGCCGCGGACUUGCGGGCGGAGCGGAUGAGGGGCGCUACAAUCCCCGUUGGUACAGGCGAGAAAUCUGGCGUGGAGGAGGCGAUGGCUGCGGAUGCGGACGAAGGGUGGCAGGUGCUGAAUAGGGAGGAUGGAGGUCCAGUCAAUGACACAGACGUUAUCAACCGUGUUGUGCUUGCCAAAACCGCUCUCUCGUCACCAGUACCGCCUAUCGAAUUCCGGUUUAUAGAGCUAAGCAAGUGA